AUGAAAGUUUCUUACAAAAUACUCCUUAAAGCAAUUGAAGGGUUUUCUUCAGAAAAUUUGAUUGGUGUGGGUGGUUUUGCUUCUGUGUACAAGGGAAUCCUUGAUCAAGAUGGAUCAGUUGUCGCUAUCAAAGUAUUUAAUCUACAAUCUCGAGGAGCCUCAAAGAGUUUCUUCGCAGAGUGUUACACCUUUAGAAAUAUUCAACAUAGGAACAUCAUAAAGAUCAUAACUGCUUGCUCAACUAUUGAUUUUCAAGGUAAUGAUUUUAAAGCUCUAGUGUAUGAGUUCAUGCCAAAUGGGAGUCUCAAGAAGUGGCUGCAUUCAAGUCCAGAAACAGAUAACAGAGAAGAGAAGCAACAAAGACUCAGCCUUGUUCAAAGAAUAAACAUUGCUAUAGAUGUGGCGUGUGUGCACUUGAUUAUCUUCAUCACCACUGUCAAACGCUGA